UCGUCUGUAAACGCUGACGUCGACUUCUGCAGCAAAAUGGCGGCGUUGACAGUAGAGGUGCAGAUGAACCGGGUCGGUUCUUUAUCAUCCUCCUCCACAAUACGGACCAGAAUGGGGAGUCAAAGGAGGUUCAGAUUUUUGAAGAACAGUGUCCUUUUAUUCUUUAUAUUUGCGUCCAUGUUGCAUUGUGCCUUUGCUGAUGGCAAGACAUUGGUUCUGCUGGACAACCUUAACAUCAGAGAUACCCAUUCAAUGUUCUUCCGCAGUCUAGCAGAUCGUGGCUUUGACCUCACUUUCAAGACGGCUGAUGAUCCCUCUCUAUCUCUGAUCAAGUAUGGCCAGUUCCUGUAUGACCAUUUAAUCAUCUUUUCACCAUCAGUUGAAGACUUUGGAGGCAAUAUUAAUGUGGAGACUAUUACAUCCUUCAUUGAUGGUGGAGGCAAUGUCCUGGUUGCUGCCAGUUCAGAUAUUGGCGACCCUCUGAGGGAGCUGGGCAGCGAGUGCGGCAUUGAGUUUGAUGAGGAGAAGACUGCAGUCAUUGACCAUCACAAUUAUGAUGUGUCUGAUCCUGGAGAGCACACCCUGAUUGUUGCUGACCCAGAGAACCUGCUGAAAGCUCCCACUAUUGUUGGCAAACCUACCAAUAAACCCAUUUUAUUCAAGGGUGUUGGCAUGGUGGCAGACCCAGACAACCCUCUUGUCCUGGACAUCCUUACUGGCUCGUCAACCUCCUACUCCUUUUUCCCUGACAGACCCAUCUCUCAGUAUCCCCACGCUGUUGGCAAGAAUACCCUGCUGAUUGCCGGCCUUCAGGCCAGAAACAAUGCCAGAGUGGUUUUCAGUGGCUCACUGGACUUCUUCAGCGAUGCCUUCUUCAACUCUGCUGUGCAGAAGGCCACGCCUGGUUCCCAGAGGCAUGAGCAGACAGGGAACAUAGAGCUGGCUGAGGCUCUGUCUCGCUGGGUGUUCAAGGAGGCUGGAGUCCUCAGGGUGGGAGCAGUUACCCAUCAUCCUGUGGGAGAGACCACUCCUCCUGCGGCAUACACCAUCACUGACCUUGUGGAGUACAGCAUUGUCAUUGAGAUGUUGUCUGAGGGCCGCUGGGUUCCCUUUGAUGGAGAUGAUAUUCAGCUGGAGUUUGUGAGGAUCGAUCCCUUCGUCAGGACUUAUCUCAAGAAAAAUGGAGGUAAAUACAGCGUCCAGUUCAAGCUGCCUGAUGUGUAUGGAGUCUUCCAGUUCAAGGUGGACUAUAACCGACUGGGAUACACACAUCUCUACUCCUCCACUCAGGUAUCAGUGCGUCCCCUGCAGCACACUCAGUAUGAGCGCUUCAUCCCCUCAGCCUACCCAUACUAUGCUAGUGUCUUCUCAAUGAUGGGAGGACUCUUUGUCUUCAGCAUAGUUUUCUUGCACAUGAAAGAAAAGGAGAAGUCAGACUAAUGCAGAGAAACAACAGGGAAGGGAAAAUGAGAUUAUACAAGUGAACUUGUAGUGUGAAGAGUUGAAAUUUGAAUGUGUCAAUGGUGCAAAUCUUCAUGCAAGGAUUUUGACUGCAGUUCUUUGUAAAAAUACAGUUUGUUUGGUUAUUGGAGCACUCAGCUAAUUGAGGUUUGGUGACCACAAGGGGUGGUGACUAUAAUGUAAUGCAGUGGUUGGGGUCUUUUUUUUUUCUAUUUGGAAAAUCACUCAAAGGCCUGUAUAUGUUAGAAAGUCAGUGUUUAAAGUUGCUUUACAAUUGAUGAAAUGAUGUCCUUAGUAGAGCACUUGCUUUGGGACAUAAAGGAAAUCAAUAAUAAAAUUUGACCCAAAUUUUCUCCAUCAGGAAAUGUUAGUGGUAACUACAUGCACUGAAUAUACCAACUGUUUAUUUGUUUUUGAUAAGACCUUUAAUGUGUUUCUGAAAGAGUUGAAGUCAUCUUAACAAUAAAAUACUGACAUUCCA